AUGGUUGUCCCUCAACUGGCCAUGUACGAGGAGGAGUUGAAUCAGAUCCAGAACGUCGUCGAUCGCCUCAUUAAGGACGCCAAUGCGAAGACCGUAUUCAUUGUGGAUAACAAUGGGCAGCUCAUCGCUGCGAGCGGAGACGUCGACAACCUGGAUACCACGUCACUGGCCUCUCUCACCGCGGGCGCCGAGACGAGUGGGAUGGCGAAGCAGCUUAAAGAGAACAAUGUUGCAACGCAAUCUGGUGAAGGCGAAGAGGGUACCCUUUAUAUGCAGCUCGUAAGCUGUCGCAUCAUCCUGGCCGUGAAUUUCGACUCCAGGACGAGCUUGGGCUUGGUCCGACUUCGGGUUCGGAAGGCGUGUGAAGAGCUGAACCAUAUCUCAGAGGUUCUCCUCAAGAAGGCCCAAGAGACUGGUGCCGAUUCUCCGCUCACGGAGAUCACCGAUGAGGAUAUCGAUAAUAUGUUCAGGGACUAG